AUGUCCGAAUACCUCCGGGUUCCUCGAUUUCAGGACUCUGUAGGACCGUACAAUCGCCUUUUAUGGUUGACUGAAAGUCCAGACGUAAAGUUCACGCAGCCUUCACCAGCUGAUUCGAGCUGUUCAUCGACGCUUGCGCCGCCACUAACAUCGCCGAUUGGUAAUCCAGCGAUAGGCAAUCGUCUAAACCCACUUGCUCAGCCUGGAUUUGGAUACCCGCGAGGGCCUCUACAGUACGACUUGAACCCGCAGUACAUGGGAGGAGCGAGGAAGUCCGGUGGACGACGACCCAAGGAAUUCGAAAUGGGACCGAAAUUUGCGUCACUGAGCGGUUUGUGGGAAUAUGUACGUAUGUUGGCCAUCACUCCUUCAUGGCUUGGUCUUCUGGUGUUCAAGCGUUUCAAACAGGAGAUCGAGGAUCAAGAUGAACUGGAUAAGAGGAUCAAAAGGCGACAGAGAAACAAGGAAGCUGCUGCACGAUGCCGUCAACGACGUCUUGACCUGAUGACUAACCUCCAAGAACAAGUCGAUAAGUUCAAAGCCGAAAACGAGAAGAAAGAGAUGGAAAUUCGUGCAAUGAAGUCGCAGAUGGAGCAAAUGCACAGCUUUUUGCGUUCGCACGAUUGUAAAAUGAGUGUUGAAGAACGGGAGGCAUUGCCGCUUCUGAACAUGCCAUCCAUCAGAUCCACGAUGCCGCCGAUAAUGAACGGAAUCACUUCUAACCCCCAUCCCAUUACCGACUAUCGAACUAAUGUCGCUGAAGUGAACCGAAAACGAGUACUGCCAGCUCCGCAGUUGCCUGCACAUUCCGACGCCAGUUUCCUCGAGCCAGAUAUGAAGUGUCCCAAAAUCGAGAAAGACGUUUCAUUGGCUGACUUGAAUGCGGAAACGAUAUCUCGUCCGAAUCACAUUAAUUUCGACAUGAUCGGCCUUGGUAAUACGAACAUACCGUUGUCAACGCCAACGAACAUCACCUAUACCACUGGUACUACACCAUAUACCACAGCUGGAACCUACAGUACUGGUUUUCCUGGAUGCUCUGGUUUCUUAAGUAGUGGGCUGGCUGGGAGAGCUGUACCUACUCUCCGUAUAAGUACAGUUCCUGGUAUAUUUUGGGGAGCAGGAACUACCCAUGACUGUGGAAACUGGAGUAUGAAGCUCCGAUGUUUGCGAACAGAGGGGGGGGGGGGGGUGAACAAUGACUUCCUGAACGACAGUACCGGGUUGACACCAUGCACUCAGCCAAAUCCGAUUUUUGUAAACACUCCAACGCCGCUUCAGACAUCUGAAGCGGAUCUUCGGGCUUUGUAA